CAAGGACUGCUGUGGUCCGCUGGUCUGGCUCAGGGCCCUCCCCUCAGGGACCCUUUAGUGGCCGUCCCGCCCGUCUGUGACGUUUACGGGAUUAUGGAGCUAAAAGCGGAGGCCAGGCCCAAACCAGUGAUGCCGGACGCCGGAGCCGCGUCUCCGGGCCGCUGGGCGGCGCUGUGGGCGCGGAGAGACGCCGAGGCUCCGGGCCGCUGGGCGGCACUGUGGGGCUGGCGGGAAGCGUUGCUGUGGGGCGCGCGCCGGCCGUACCGGAAGUGGCGACUGCUCCGCGCGGAUGGCGGUGGCGGCGGCGGCGGCGGCGAUGACGGCGGCGGGCUGCGCGGGGGCUGGGGCGGCCCGCUCCCUCUCUCGCUUCCGAGGCUGCCUAGCCGGCGCGCUGCUCGGGGACUGCGUGGGCUCCUUCUACGAGGCGCACGAUACCGUCACCCUGACGUCAGUCCUGCGUCACGUCCAGAGCCUGGAGCCGGACCCGGGCUCGCCGGGGAGCGCGCGGACAGGUGGGCGGGGCCGGGUGCAGAAGCAUUGUACUACACAGAUGACACAGCCAUGGCCAGGGCCCUGGUGCAGUCCCUGCUGGCCAAGGAGGCCUUCGACGAGGUGGACAUGGCUCACAGAUUUGCUCAGGAGUACAAGAAAGACCCUGAUAGGGGUUACGGUGCUGGAGUAGUCACUGUCUUCAAGAAGCUCCUGAGCCCCAAGUGCCGUGAUGUCUUUGAGCCUGCCCGGGCCCAGUUUAAUGGGAAAGGCUCCUAUGGCAAUGGGGGUGCCAUGCGGGUGGCCGGCAUCUCGCUGGCCUAUAGCAGUGUCCAGGACGUGCAGAAGUUUGCCCGGCUCUCAGCCCAGCUGACACACGCCUCCUCCCUGGGUUACAAUGGCGCCAUCCUGCAGGCCCUGGCCGUGCACCUGGCUUUGCAGGGGGAGUCAUCCAGUGAACAUUUCCUCCAACAACUCCUGGGCCACAUGGAAGAGCUGGAGAGUGACGCCCAGUCUGUCUCGGAUGCCAGAGAGUUGGGCAUGGAGGAGCGUCCCUACUCCAGCCGACUGAAGAAGAUUGGAGCCCUUCUAGAACAAGACUCAGUGACCAGAGAGGAGGUGGUGUCUGAGCUAGGGAAUGGCAUUGCUGCCUUUGAAUCUGUGCCCACUGCCAUCUACUGCUUCCUGCGCUGCAUGGAACCUGACCCUGAGAUUCCCUCUGCCUUCAACAGUCUCCAAAGGACUCUUAUCUACUCCAUCUCACUGGGGGGGGACACAGACACCAUUGCCACCAUGGCCGGAGCCAUUGCUGGUGCCUACUAUGGGAUGGAACAGGUGCCAGAGAGCUGGCAGCAAAGCUGUGAGGGCUACGAGGAGACAGACGUCCUGGCCCAGAGCCUGCACCGGCUCUUCCAGAAGAGUCUGUGAGGGCCACAGCUGCUGGGGCUCCACUGUGUCUAGCAGGACCAACUACAGCUCAGAUUGGAAACCCAGAGGCUUACCGCAGCAUAGGUUGCUGCCUCUGUCACCCUGCAGUGUGGAUGGAGCAUACCUCUGGGGCGGGGUCUCUGGGGGAAGUCAUUGGACAGUGAGUGUGGAGAGCUGGUGCCUCCAUGAUGCUCGGUUUCCAGCUCACUGCAGAGCGUUGGGCAAGCCCGGCUCUUCGGGCACACGGGAGGGAUCUGGACAGCUUUGAUCUUGGAAGGGCAUUUGUGGCAUUUUCCUUUAUUAUCUAACACAUGGGGUUGGGUGGGGGGCAGAAGUGAUCAGCAGUAGCAUCAUUUCCCCUUGUUGGGAUUUAGCCAGUUUGCCAGAGAGCAUGUCUUUGGACAGAGCCCCUGGGCAGUAAGUUUACAUGGAUCAGGGAAACCAGCACUUGCAUCUAGCUAAUCUAGAUACAUACCUGGCCCUUGACUGUCAUGGAGCUUAUUAACAGCUUCCAGCAGAACUCCCAGCAAUAAAAUUGUUGGUAAAUCCUA